CUAUGCUGGUAACAACACAGAAGAAACUCCACUUCCAACAAACUUAUUCCAGCUCUGAUGGAAACGUAUCUGCUUGUGGAUUUACCUGCUGAAAACCAUGGAGACCGAGAGGAAGAGCUGGAAUUUACUCUACAGUUUUGACCAUAUAAGGAAAUCCGAGCAGGAAACUAUACAUUUGUAGUUCCUGCCAGACAGACAGUUUAACACCUGAGCAGUCCGGCAUAGGUGGCCAGGAUGACAUCCAACUACACUGAUAUUAGUCCCUGUCAACCAGACGACAGGCUCUGUAUAGCACGAGAGUAUCAGCUCGCCGUGAUCGUCGUCCCUGCGGUGUUGCUCUCGCUCACCCUGAUCGUCUUGGCGUUGAUUUUUAUUUUGCUGUGCUGUAAUCAGCGGACACGAGUCAGAACCCCCAAACAAUACCAGUCCCCCCAGCACACCACAAACCACAGAAACACACACCAAAGCCAGCACCACAACCACCAUCACAACCGCCACCCCAACCACCACAGGCACCAUCUCCAAGGCAUAGAUGCGCCCCCAGGAAUUAACCCUCUGGAGCAUGAAGAGGUGCCGAUGAGAGUUCAAAACACACAUCACAACGUGAAGCCAACUCUGGCUGCAACAAGACAUGCAUCCCCUGAAAGGCAUAGGGCAGCAGCACAACAUACGGAUAGAGACAGGCAUGGGGCUGCAACAAGACAUGCAUCCCCUGAAAGGCAUAGGGCAGCAGCACAACAUACGGAUAGAGACAGGCAUGGGGCUGCAACAAGACAUGCAUCCCCAGAGAGGCGUCGGGCUGCAGAGAGACGUGGCUCUCCAGAGAGGCAUGGGACUGUAGCGCCGCAGACAUCCACAGAGAGGUCUUUUGGAAACUUAAGCAACGUCACUGCAUUGACGCCCUCUCUCUCCGUGAAACCUAACGACACAAUAGGCCUCUACAGAGCCCGCAUGGACAACAGGGACGUCAUCCUGAGGACACUGAAAGAAAAUGCGAGCAACGAUGAGAAACAGCACUUUUUGGGAUUUGCGUCCUUCCUGGGAGGACUGGGCCCCCACCCUUUUAUUCCUGCCCUGCUGGGUGUGGUGUCAGUACGGUCGCCUUUGGUAAUCGUGAUGGAGGAGCUGAGGCACAGAGACCUGCUGGGCUUCCUGUGGAAGUGCAGAGAGGGAAAUACAAGCCAUGAAAUGACAGAAAAGAGGAUCUUCACCAUGGCAGGACAAGUUGCCUCUGCUCUGGAUUACCUCCACAAUCAGGGCUCUGUGCACGGGAACAUAGGAGCUCGCAGUAUUCUGGUCGGUGCCGACAUGACGGCCAAACUGUGGGGCUUGAGCUCAGCUUAUCACAGAACGCGGGCCAACUCCGCGGGGCUGGCGGACGACGUGGAGCUGAAGAAGUGGCAGGCGCCCGAACUUCUGGCUAGGAGGACGGCCAGUAAUAAAAGUGACGUAUGGUCCUUUGGUAUCCUCCUUUAUGAAAUGGUUACAUUGGGUGACCCACCUUUUGCUCAAAUCUUGUCGACUGAACUUCUGCAGUAUCUCCAAAGAGGAAAAACUGUGAAACGGCCGACCAACUGCUCCACCAUACUGUAUUCCAUCAUGAAAUCGUGCUGCCAAUGGACCCCCCAAGGGCGUCCCUCGGUACCAGAACUGAUCAGGCUGCUUCGUGCAGGAGAGACAUCAGCCAAUGGGAGCACAGUUCUUACAGUGCCUGAGCCACUGAACCUGGAGAAGUACAUGAGGGAAGCGGGAUACGGAGAGGCGUUCAACUACGCCGUGCUCUGAUUGGCUGGAACUGUCACCACAAGACACUCCGUUGGAGCCAUGUUUUCCAGUCCAGCUGGACAAAUUUGUUGAAGCACUAAAGACUGCUGCAAAGCAGCACAGAAAAAGGGGGAUAAAGUUUAUGAAAUCUAUUUGCAUUAUUUAUGUGCAAUGUUGGAACACUUAAAAUAGGAAGCACAAUGGUUUAUUACGUUUUAGGUAACUUAUUAUUUGUAAAUAUGUAUAUUUUCUUGUAAAUAGUACUGUGGUUGUCUAGGACUUUAAAGAA